CUGAAACUAUAAAUGGAUCCAGAUCCACAAAGUCCAGUCCUGUGCCGCAUGUGGCGCUGUGUUUUCAGCAGCAGCAGUGAGAGAUGUAAGGUUUAUGAAAGAAUAUGUGAGCAGGAUUUUAAGGUCUAAUGGUCAUAGAUUUUAACCCGCGCCUAUAUUCAAUUUUGGCAGGAAUUGCUCACAAGGACAGCGAGCGCCGCUUAUCUUGACGGCAAACUGGAGGCAAAAUUGCAGUGUUCAUAACGAUACCAGGAUUGUUACACUAAUGGGAAUAGUGUCUGGAUGUGGCCCCCACAUUGGAUUUGACAAAAACAAGAUUUGAGGAUUUGUUAAACCAAAAAAUUAAGGUGUCCAAGGAGUAAUUUUCUUGUCUUCACCCUGCUGCAAGGUCUAUCUCUCUGUUGCUCGGGAGCACGUGGUGGGUCAGACAUGUCUGCCAAGGCUCCCAUAUACCUUAAAAGACGAAGUCGUAAAGGAAAGAAGGAAAAACUACGUGACCUUCUUUCGUCCGACAUGAUCAGUCCCCCACUCGGCGACUUUCGACACACCAUUCACAUUGGCAGUGGCGGAGGUGCUGAAGAUUUUUUCGGUGAUCUGUCUUUCUUACAAGGUAAAUUUCACCUGUUACCGGGGCAACAGGGUCACCAAGGGACACUCCAAUUAAGUCGCACUACAAGUGUAAGCAGUCACCCACCAGCCAAUGACACUUCACCUCUGUUAAAAAACGCCUUUUCGCUUCCCAUCAUUGGAGGAGUGCAGGCUCUCACGCUUCCUGCACCAAACCCAGCACUGACGACCACCGAAGUGCAGACCACCUCAUCUCAGCCUACUACUGCCUUAACAAAAACGCCAUCUACACCAACAUCUCCAUCUCUCGCACCACCUCCUAAACCUCCCAGACUGCACCUGGAAGAGCGAAAUUUGGAUCAGUCACUCCCUGCAUCUCCAAAUCGUUCUCACCGUCAUCCGCACACCUAUGAACCAAGUCAAGAGACUGUGGAAGAUGAGAAGUGUGUAAGAAAUGGAGAGGGAGAGGAAAGCCAAUACCUCUCCAAUGCUGGGUCUCUCCUGUCUCUUCAUCUAGACCUGGGUCCAUCUAUCCUAGAGGAUGUGCUUCAGAUCAUGGACAACCAAAGAAUAGGGACAUUUGGUGGCGGACUUGCAUCAAGUGGACGACAUGAGAUAUAUACCUGAGAGGUUUUUUUUUUGAAAACCCAGCAAUAUACAAUAAUCUGUUUUUGUACAUAAAAUCAUCCUACAUAAUGUAAAGAACAUAAGCUUGAUAUGUUUGACUGAGUAAGGCCCUGUCAAAUAUUGAAAUCAAUGAUUGAAAUCAAACUUUGAUGCUCCAAAUUUCAUCAUUAUGAGACUUUAUCCUGGAUUUCACAGCGCAGUCACAUACUGUAUACGUAAAAGCUUGAUUGUACAUAAAUGGGUUCAUUACAUUUUUUGUUGGUGUAUUAAAACAUUUUAUACUCUGAGAAAGCUCUUAUUUACCUGCUCUACCUGCUGACAUGUCCUGAAGAUUUGGAGUUUUUUGCUUUUUAUCCAACACAUGUAGGGCAAACCAGAAUUACAGGUUUGAACUAAACAGAAAUAUUCAUAAAUAUUUUAACAUCAGAAGUUGUGUUAAAAUGGAUCAUUUUUGGAUCUACAAGCAGUUCUGGCUUUAAAAGCACUUACAGAUCGAUUUUUAAACCCAAAAUCAUUUUACAAUUGUAUCUGCUAGUCCUUUAAUGCUCUGUAUGUACUAUUACAGAGUAACAACAUUCAGGCCCCCGGUCAACAUGAAAAGAAAAACUCAAAUUUCUCUCUGAAAGCUGCGAUGACAUCAUCUCUCCCCCCAGUGUUGUUGCAAUUCGUGUAAGCGAGUAAAAAUGUGCAGCUCCUCCCUAAUGAUCCGGACACACGCCAGAAGUCCUCCAUGUCUACACCCUGAAUUUGAACCUUUUUUGUUACGAAAAGUUUCAUUCUUCAGAAAAAGGAGCCCGAUGGCAGAAACAAGCUAUAGUUUUUCAGAAAGCAGGAAUAUGCGUUACACUUUUUACCGCUGCCUUUAGGCUUUAAUAGCUGAUCAGUUUUCCAGCAUCAGUGGUCUUCUGAAUGCAAAAUGAGGCCUGAAAGGGGCUUGUGUUUAUAUCACCAUGAUGUAACCUUCCGCACAUGGGGUACUUUUUUGUGUCAGUUUAUAGCAUUAUAGUCUAGUAUGUUUUCAUGUACUGUAAAGUUAAACCAGACUAAAAAAUAUUUUACAAGGUGCUUUAAACUGACAAGAUAAGGACAAAAGACAAUAAAGUAAAUAUUAACAGAUGCCAUGUUGCAGUCAGCUUUUAAUAAUGCUACCUUUGCACUUUUGCUUAAAGUUGCCAGGGUUUAUGAGAAUAUUGUUGUCUGUCCCCAAGCAAAAAUACUGUUUUUAUACAGUAACACCCCAACCUGUCUGUCAACUGGCAGUGGCUUACUUAUAGUUUAAUGUAUACAGUACAUUUAGACUGGGGUUGGAGAGUUAGUCUGGCAUAUAGAAAUUAAUUUUUGGGUUGUAUAUUUAUUAUUAACAAAUUUUUUUGUGAAUUUUCAUACAACAUGAGAUGUUUUACAUUGUGAAUUUUCAUUUUUAAAGGUUCUGCACUUAAAUAAACAAAGCAAAUACUUUUUUUAGAAGAUCUUUCUGUUUUGCCAAGUAUUUUCAUGUAUGUAAGCAGAGCUCAUUUAAAUGUCUUUGGUUAAAAAAGCACUAACCCUUAAUAAAUUAAAUUUUGUAAACCUACCCCAAUCUAACAAGAACUUUGUGAUAACAGACUCCUAACAGUCAUCGUUCACAUCAUAAACUUUUAGUAUGGCUUUCUUGCAUUAUUUAGCCGACAUGUCUCAUAAACCCAGAGUUUUGCUGUUUACAGAACAACUGUUUACCAUAAAAUAUACAUUUAGAGUGAAUGCGUGUUAGACGAGCGUGAAACAGAUCCUCUGUGAGGAAUAUUACAGUAUGGCCUUAUCAAUAAAGAUUAAUCAUUAACACUUGCAACACAAAUUAAACCAGCGUAUAAAGUGCUUCCUUACACCUUUUCAGAUUUGCCUUUUUGUUGGUUUUGAUUGGACUUUGUUUCUCGGAAUGUAAAGUGAGAUUCUGUUAAGAGGUUUGCGGCUGCUGUACAGUUAAGCAGAUAAAAGACAGGAUCAAUAAAUUGUUUUUGAUUUCUAAUCCAAAA